AUGGCAUCCCCGAUGGACAGUUCAACCAUUCCGCAACUCAGCCAGUCAUACCGCGACCGAUUCUUUGAAGACUCACCAGGCCCAUUGCGCUCCGACUUCGAAAGCGAUUCCGACGAUUUCGAAAGCGGUUCUGACGAUUCUGACGAUUCGGACGAUGAUGACGACGAGCCUCUACCAUCUACGCAGAUGACACUAUCGUUAGGAACGCCUGUGCCGAGUAGAGGGUUUGCGCCCAGGGAGCAGACGCUUACCCGUACAAUUCCCAGUACUCAAUUGUCCCAGGCGGGGGACACUAGGCCGGUGACCUCAUUGCUUCCGCGGAAGCGCGCCAUCGCGAAAAGCGCCGCCCAGAAUCCUAGAAUAAGGAAGAGGAAUCGCGGCAUGCCUCCUCCACCAUCACAGGCUGGAUCGCAACGGAGACCGCCAGUGGCCUGGGGUAUUCGGGAGGUCGCCCAAUUGAUGCUCUGGUUCCUCCAUUGUACUCGCGAGGGCUUCUUCCAGGCGGAGAGGGCAGGAUUCAAGAAAGCCUGGCAGUACACGUUAGAACAGGCGCAAGCGAUGUGGCCAGAGAAAGGUCUUACCGACUCUAAGUGUAUCGCGGCCAAAUAUUACGCUGAGAGGAAGAAGUGGCGGGAGUUGAUGGAUCUGAUGACUUCUGGGACCUCUUUUACAGAGGAUGGUCUCCCUGAUGUGUCUGAUGCGGUAUGGGAGCGAUUCUGGGCCGCCCAUCCUGGGGCGACCAGAACUAUCGCCACAAGGCCAAUUGGCGAUCAUGAGGUGUAUGCGGAGGUCUUCGCAACGGAGAGGUCUGUGGGCGGCGCGAUCAUGGAACCUGCGGACAUUCUCAGCGCGCGCGAUCAGGAAGCCCAGGAGGAGAUAAACCAGGCCUCAGAUACAUCUGGUGAUACGCCUGAGGAUGGCGACGAUGAAGGUGGCGAUGGAGAAGCCGUGGAAGGAGAGGAAGAUGGUCGGGGUGAUGGUGAUGCCGGGGAAGAAGGUCGGCCGGCCUUGCCCUCGCUGGCGCCGGCGCCACUCGACAGCCGGAUCAAGCCAAUCGUCCUCAGGAAGCCGUACAAACGCCCUGUGGAGAGACACAAGCAUUGGGAGGACCGUCAUCAUCGUCCUGGAGAUCGAACUUUGCGCUAUACCGAAAUUGUGGGCGGCGGCACGCUGAUCGCGCCCACGGCCAAGGAUGUACAGCACCACCAUCAACUUCUACUCGGCAGUCUGAUACCGCGUUCCGCGGAGGCCCUCGUUAAUCCUCAGCCAACGCAGGAGGGCUUCAAAGACGGCGGCAGCCAGUCGACCCUCGUCGCCGACGCGGACAGACGUUCCCGAGCCUCGGACGCUAAGCCCGCCGCCGCCGACGGCGCCGACGACCAUGGGCAUGCCUCUUCCCAGACGGGGCAUGCCUCUUCCCAGACGCAGCCCGGGUCCAUGUCGGACCUUCUCUGUUGCCAUGAUGACCGCCAGCCGCAGAUGCAGCUGCACUACCUCGACAUCUUAAAGGACGCCAUCAGCUGCAAGUCGUACAGCCGCAUCUAUGGCGGCGUCCUGCAGAUGCGCGCCUCGCUCAAGCCGCCCCAGCUCGACGACGUCGACAGAGAGUUCCUCGCCAGGAAGGGCGUCUUUGACCUGCCGCCUCGCCACCACCUCGACGUCCUCCUCAAGACGUACUUUGAACGUGUCUACCCGUACAGCCCCAUAGUCGACCGCGUCGAUUUCCUUUCAAAGUAUGCAUCCGGCACCUUCUCACUGUUCCUGCUGUACGCCAUGCUGGCCACGGCCAGCGCCGCUUUUGCCACCCGGGCAACGCUGCUCCACGACCUGCAGUUCGAGAGCGAUCUCCUGCCAAUGCUGCAGGGCUCCGUCAUCCUGGGCGCCGUCAUUGUCGAGCGGCCCACGGACAAGGACUUCCACUACUGGCUCUGGAACGCCUCGCGGCUGGCUGCCAAGAUGGACAUCUACCCAAACGCCACGCGGGACCUCGACGGGACGCCGCCUGCACAGUCCAGGCUCUACAGGAGGAUCUGCUGGAUUCUCUACUGCCGAGAAAACUGCCACAUGAUCGCCAACCCGCGCAGCAACCUGCAGCACCCCAACGGGGACCCGAACAUCAAGCCCAUCACGCUGGCCGACUGGGAGACGGAGGAAUCCCCAAAGGAGUUCCAGUCCAUGGUGCAGCCCCUGACAGUCCGCCAAAAGCUUUCCUUUACCGCGCGUUGCGAGCUUGCCAAAUCACUGCUGGACACGAACGCGGACCUCACGGCGGCGGCGGAACCGCGGCAAGGGACAAGGCUCCUCGAUGCAUGGCGCAUGUCGCUAGCGGAGAAGCUCGACUUCCGCGGCGAGUCGCCCGAAGCCGACAUCCACUAUGCUGAGCUGCGCGCGCUGAGCUACCGGUUCGAGGCUACAGCCUGCCGCCAGAUCCGCCGCCGGUGUCUGCAUGCGGAUUUCAAGAACGACGGCCAGGCCGCGUGGGCGCGGCAGCGGCUGCGGUCGGCCAUCUUUGAGCUCGACUCCAUCACCGGCAGGAUGCUCGCCAACGGCACGCUCCACAUGUUUCCCACGACAUGCAUAACCAUCAUGCCCGCCCUACUCGCGCUACAAAUCGAAGCAGCGCUCGACCCGAGCGAGACGGACGUAGUGCGGUCCAUGUCGCGCAUCGCCAUCGGGCAGACGAUGCUAGUGCUGACCCAGCUGCGCGAGGUCCCGGCCAUCAAGCGCGCCAUCCCCGUGUUCGAGGCCGUGCUAAGCAAGAUGAAGCUGUACUCGCCGCCUAAUAAUAAUAAUACCUCUCUCCCACCCGCCGCCGCCGCCGCUCCCGGUGCGGUUUCCGGUGCCUUUGUUCCCGCUAUCACGCCCGCCGAGGGUAAACACCUCGCGGGCGUCCUGACGAAUGCUGUAAUUGCUCCGCAGUCGCCGCCGCCGCCGCCACCACUCCCGCAGCAGAUGGUGCACGGCGGCGUGGCCGGGGGGUUCGGCCUGCCGCCCAUCUUGACGCCGCCCCAGGACGCUGACGUGCCGCCCGCCGUGGGCGACUACCACUCUUCCAGCUGA